AUCAAGAUGAAGAAAGGCAUUGUUAUUGCUAUGGGGGAUGACGUGUUUACUGAGAAUCCCCGCAUCACCGUCCACCACUCCCUCACCUUGGAUGGGGAACAGGCGUGGGUACUGACCAUCAAGAAUGUCAACAUGGACGACACGGGCGACUACAUGUGUUCCCUCAAUACCAAUACUAACCUGAGGAAACUGUAUCAUCUCUCUGUUGUGGUGCCUCCCAAGAUCGUGGACGCGGACACAAGUAGUGACGUGGAGGUGAAGGAGGGUGAACGAGUCCUUCUACACUGCGGGGCUAGCGGGAAGCCUGACCCGUCUUAUAAGUGGCGACGUGAAGACUCCAGCCUCAUCCACACCUCGGGCAAGACAGAGUUGAUGGUGGUGGGGAGAGAGCUGGUGAUCCCUAAGGCGCUGAAGGAACACGCCGGAGCCUACCUGUGUAUCGCCACCAAUGGGGUUCCUCCGUCAGUAAGCAAGAGGAUCCUCCUAACUGUUCGAUUCCGGCCCCUGAUCCAGGCUUCAGCAUCAGAGGUGUGGGUGAACCUCGGCUCCUGCGUCAACCUGUCGUGUGUGGUGGAUGCUUUCCCCGAGCCCAAUAUGGUGUGGUUAAAGGACUUGGGGGAGCCUAUCACCACCGCCCAUCGUUCUGAUUAUCACCUCCAUGAUUCUUCAGCCACUCAGGUACAGAAACACGUCACUGGGCUCCUGUACGUGAACUCGUCUCGGUGGAUCAUGACACUGACGGUGGAAGACGUCCAUGAAGGGGACCUCCUCGGCUACCGGUGUCGAGCUAACAACAGUGAGGGCGUAGCUGAGGCCAGAGUGGUUAUAUACAGUAAGUUACAGUCUUAUGGGGUACAGUAA